AGGAAGAUCCGCAUUUACAACUGCUGGUGAAGUGUUGCCAUAACAGGCAAGUGGCUAACGCUAAUGUUUGCUAACUAAUUAGCAGGAUAGGUGUCGUUGUGUGUGUGAGUGUUCCAGUCUGAAUCAUGGAACAGUGUGCGUGUGUUGAGCGGGAGCUGGAGAAAGUGCUUCAUCGCUUCGUGAUGUACGGCCACCAGUCGGAGGAGAGGCUAGACGAGCUCCUGCGCAGCGUGUGUGAGAUACGAGGACAACUAGUUGCUUUUGGAGUACAAGAUGCAGACCUAUCAGUCCUAUCUCAGACUAUGGCACAGUGUUGUAAGAAUAUCAAAGAAACAGUGCAGAUGCUAGCAUCGCGACAUAAGGAUAUCCAUGGCAGUGUGUCAAAAGUGGGCAAAGCCAUUGACAGGAAUUUUGAUGCAGAGAUCAGUGCUGUGGUGGCAGAGACGGUGUGGGACACCCCUGAGAGACAGAAAUACCUGAGUGAGACGAUUGUGGAGCACCUGUACAGACAAGGGAUGCUGAGUGUAGCAGAGGAUCUUUGCCAGGAGUCUGGUGUAGUUAUAGAUAUGAGUAUGAAGCAGCCUUUCCUGGAGCUGAACAGAAUCCUUGAGGCUCUAAGGAUGCAGGACCUCAGGCCGGCACUGGAGUGGGCCGUGACGAAUCGGCAGCGUCUCCUGGACCUGAACAGCAGUCUAGAGUUCAAGCUGCACCGCCUGUACUUCAUCAGCCUGCUCAGUGGAGGAAUAGGCAACCAAAUGGAGGCCCUGCAGUAUGCUCGGCACUUCCAGCCCUUCGCCUCCCAGCACCAGAGAGGAAGAGUCCCAUCUUCACCUUCAGAUAUACAGAUCCUGAUGGGCAGCCUGGUGUACCUGCGUCAUGGCAUUGAUAACUCUCCGUACCGCAGCCUGCUGGAGACCAAUCAGUGGGCCGAGAUCUGUAACAUCUUCACCAGGGAUGCCUGCUCUUUACUGGGCCUCUCUGUAGAGUCUCCUCUCAGUGUUAGUUUUGCAUCAGGCUGUAUGGCCUUGCCUGUGCUGAUGAACAUCAAGCAGGUGAUAGAGCAGAGACAGUGCAGUGGAGUCUGGACGCACAAAGAUGAGCUGCCUAUUGAAAUUGACCUGGGGAAGAAGUGCUGGUACCACUCUGUGUUCGCCUGCCCAAUCCUCAGGCAGCAGACCUCAGAAAGCAACCCCCCCAUGAAGCUCAUCUGCGGCCACGUCAUCUCCAGAGAUGCCCUCAACAAACUGACUAACGCUGGGAAGUUGAAAUGUCCGUACUGCCCCAUGGAGCAGAACCCUUCACAUGCCAAGCAGAUCUACUUUUGAUAGCGCACACUUUCUUCACGAGUAAGGAUGACGUUCCCUGGAGCUCUUUGCAUUUCCAGGACCAUUUGCUCUGGCCCUUUUUCCCUCUGUCCCUGGCCUCUCGGCCUGUUAUUGUAAGCAUUAAGGUUUUAUCCCAGUGCUCCUCUGGACAGCCUUGGACCCCCGUAACCCACCUCGGACCCUUCAACUUUGCGUAGUAUACAGAGUCCAGCGGGGAUGGUCCGUCUACAACCGGUAGUAAAGUGAGGAGUCUGUCAGUAAUGAGAACAUCCUCACGAAGAAGCACUUCUGGAAAAGGUUCAUUCAUUGAAACUCAUUUGCAAAUGCCUGCAGAGUUAUAGGCUUAUCUUUUUAAAGUAUGUAAUGCUUUAUAGUGUUUGUUUUUUCAGCUUUAUCGACCGUUUGAGUUGGAUGACUGCUUCUUUUUUUCUUUCUCCUUUUUUUGUGACUGAAGCAGUUGAAUGAUAAUGAAUGUGUGGGUAAAUGGUAUAGAUAGGCAGUUUCUGAUUUCAGAAGGAUAAUUAACGUUAUUAUACAUGAGGAAGAAAGGCAGGAAAACAAACCGAGUUGAAGGAAUAUUAUUUGCUGGUGGAGGUCUCUCAUGAAUGGAACUCUGGAUUGUGACCCAUUAAUCCUCCAUAAUGUAAUAAAGGCCUCACUUAGCUUCAAUGUCACUUUGAGCUGAUGUUUCCGUUUGAUCAGUAAAACAUUUAACUCAUCAAAGGUGGAACAGCUUUCUUUUUCUUUUGUUUGCGACUUACGGCACCAGCAAGAUUUUCCUCAUUGUAGAAGCCAUGUGUCUUGUUCUAUGUAUGUAUUUAACAAACAGUGACAAAAAGGAAACAAAAAUAUAUACUACUGUGAAAUGUGCUUUGUUUCUAUUUUUCAUUGCAACCGCCACAACGGCUCAUGUAAAAUAGUAAAUUAAACUGAACAGCAACAUGCAUAAUCAACACUACUGCGUAACUCUCAGAACUAGCGACUCUACAGUUCACAUCCUGUUGUGCCAUCGCCUCACUCUGCCCCACAUUGUGUAUCCUAAGCUUGCAAGCCAUGUGAUUUGGAGAUGUAAAAUGGUGUGACGGUAGCCGUAUGGUCUGACUUGCAGUGACUGUAGGCUUGUGAUUCAGCUUUACUCGUCGUGGGUGGGGAAGAAGUCCUCUGAUCAUUGUGGCUGUUGUUUAAUAUAUACUUAGAAAAUGCCUCUGCUGCGUAGCUUUUAUUUCAGAUGGAGUCAGAAUAGAAAAACCUUCAAAUCAAUGCAUUUCCUCAGGGCUCAUUGUAACAGUUCAUACCACACUUUUUGAAAUAAACACUGCAGCUGCAUUGACUUAAGUUCGAUUCAUACCACACCUUGCAGUUAGUAUUAAAGUUGUACAUUAAUAUAAGGAGUCUUGAACAAAGAUGACACAUUUCACUGGUGGGGCUGAUAGUUUGGGUGAUGUUGGAGUUUGUAUAUAUUAUUCAGCUGUGGGGGGGGGGGGGAGAAAGUGUGUCACAAGGUCCAAGGCAUUUGGAUGUACAAUACAGUUUGUUUUAGAUGAUCAAUACUAAUAGUGCAAGUUCCCCGUGUCCUCUUGAAAAAUGGUAAUGUCAACUCACAUUAAAGUGAGGCUAAUUAGUUUUGCAUCGCACCAGCAUAACUCACACUGACAACGCAACAUUACACUCAUUCAGAGUUUAAUAUAAAUGCCUUUGGUUUUUAUUUGGAAAAGGGUUAGAGCACAUGUGUUGUGUGGAUUUUCACUGAAUUUCGUCUUUUUUUCUUUGGUUGACAAUCAUUCAUAGCUUCUUCGAGUGUUCCUUCAGAUAGACUGCUAGCGCUCCGUACCCCUGUCGUAUUAAUUUUGUUGAAUGUUUGCAUUUCCUGCUUUUGUGUGUUAUGCACCUUUUAUUGUAAAUAUUUAUCCUCUAACAUGUUUCAUAUACUUGCAUCUGAAAUGAAAAUAAAAAUUUAUACUCCAAGUCA